AUGAUGAAAAACAUGGGAAUUUGCUUCAGCGAACAAGCUGUAAAAGUGUCGAAUUCUCAUUACGCAAACCACGCUUUUAGCUCAUCCUCAAACUCGAAUCCAACUUCAAUCCAACAUGCAGUCACAUGUACUCACAAAGUCAAGCUCUCGAACGGGAAGCAGUUUUUGAUCAAUCUCACGUGGUCCAAUCCCUUAAACCACGGCUUCUCUAUCAGCGUCUCCGAUUUUCCAGUUUCCUCAUCCAAUAAGAACAGCCAAAACUCUGUCAUAAUCCUUCACAAAGCCCGAGGUACAAAGAUGUUAGAGUCUUCCGGUUCAAGGAUCGAGGUCUAUUGGGAUCUCUGUCGUGCCCAAUAUGAUUCCGGGCCCGAACCGAUCAACGGGUUCUACAUCGUGGUCCUAGUCAACUCGGAGCCGGGACUGAUUCUUGGAGACAUGGAGAAAGAAAUAUCGGAGAUCAAGAAACGUGUUUCCGAUGCACGGCCAUCUCGAUAUAUCAUAACACUAGUGUCGCGGACGGAGUAUUUCUCCGGUAGUAAUUGUUCCGUGUACUCGACGAGGGCUAAAUUCCGCGACGGGGGCGUUUGUCACGAGAUAAUGAUAAAGUGUAGUUAUGCAGAGGAGUUGGAAGGCCAGGUAUUGUGUGUGUAUAUUGAUAAGAAGAGAGUGGUGCAGGUGAAGAGAUUGGAGUGGAAUUUUAGAGGGAAUCAGAAUAUUUUCUUGGAUGGAGUGUUGGUUGACUUUAUGUGGGAUUUGCAUGAUUGGUUCUUUACCAAUAAUCCAACUGAAUCUUCAUCUUCAUCUUCAUCUUCAGGGAAUGGUGUGUUCUUGUUUAGGACAAGGAGUGGAUUGGAUAGCAGGUUAUGGUUGGAGGAGAAGGAUUGUUUUCAACAAGAAAAACUUGGAUUCUCUUUGCUCUUGAUUUGUGCUUGUAAUAAUCCAGAUUGA